AAAAAGGUCAAUAACCCUAAUAAAACAGUGCAGCUGAAGUGAAUUUUAUUAUUUUUCUUCAAAUUUAUUCGAUAAAAUGGUGUAUAAAUGGUGUGUAGUGCCACAAUGUACUAAUACGACUAUAAGUAGUCCACACAAACUGUUUGUUUCUGUUCCAACGAAUCCCAAAAGACGAAAAAUGUGGUUACGAUUAGCUCGAAGAGACCCAAAGAGCAUUUUAGCUCAUACCAAUGUUUUUAUGUGUGAAGAUCAUUUUAAUAUGGAAAAGGACACAAUUAACUACUUGAAGUACAAAAUGGGCUUCAGUCAGAAGAUACUUUUGGCAGAUGAGGCUGUGCCAACUAAAUUUCAUUGUCAAGAGGAUCGUAGAAGUCGGCUACCUGAUGCUGGACCUUCUCGAGAAGUUUUCUUUAAAAGGCAAAGAAUUGAUAUUGUCACAGAAUGUCUGCGAAGACAUAGUACUACAACCCAUACAGAAAGCUUACAAAAUGAUGAUAUGAUACAAGAAAUCAUUGAGCCUAAAGGUUAUGUUAUCUAUAUAAUACAAAUGUCAUAAGAUAUUUUUUCACAUUUAAAUGAGUUAAGUUUAUGUUAUUCACAUUUAAAUUAAGUAAUUAAUUUGGUUUUUUGUCUUUUCAGAAUUACCAAAAACUCAAGACAAAGAAACAAUCACCGACCCUAUCAUAACUGUAGAAAAAGCUGUUCAAGCAACAAAAAAAGUGAAUACGCAUUUUAGGAGCAAGGCUGUGCAAACUAGAUGCCAAAAUAAAAGUAUUUCUACCUCACCAUGGAAAGUUUCUACAAUAUCUCAUUUCACUUCACCAAUUAAUAUUAAACCAUGCCAUCUUCAACCAUUACAGUCAGAGGUUGUUAAAGCAGUUAAGAGAAAUAUUUUCCUUGUAGAUGAAAAAUCUGAUAGUGAUAUUUCUUGUUUUGAAAGUGGUCUUUUAUCACCUUUUGGAGCUACAUCAGUAAAGGUUACUGACUCUGAUAGUAAUGUUACAGAUACCAAUGAGAAUAUUGAAAAAUUACAGUGCCUCAAAAAUACUUUGCGUUUAAUUGAAAAGAAACCAUUGAUGUAUAUUGGUAUUUCCAAAGAAUGUUAUUUUUUAAUUGAGUUGUUGCAUAGACACACAAAUAUAAAUAGAGAACAUAUUUUGCUAUGCUUGAAAAAAAUUAGAUUAAACAGCACAUUUUCUGAACUCGAGGAUAAUUUUGGUAUAUCAUUAUCUUAUGCCAGUAAAUUAUUUUUAAGAAACUUACCAAUAAUAAGUAGUUUUUUAAAACCAUUCAUUGUAAACUUAGACAAAAAUUUAAUAAAAAGGAAUCUUCCUAUUGCAUUUAGACAUAACUAUCAUAAUGUAAGCUGCAUCAUCGAUUGUCUAGAAAUUGAUAUACAAAAACCAUCAAAGGCUCUUCAUCAGGCUCUGACAUGGUCAGAGUACAAAAAGGGGAAUACUGUGAAGUAUUUAAUAUCAUGCACACCUAAUGGUUUGGUUAAUUAUGUUUCUCAAGGGUUUGGGGGUAGAGCAAGUGAUGUUACCAUAGUAGAGAACUGUAACUUUCUAGAUGGAUUACAACAGGGAACUUGCAUCUUAGCUGACAGAGGCUUCAAGCACCUUGAACAGAUACUUCAUGAAAAGGGCAUAAAACUAUUAAGGCCACCCAGUGUAAAUGCUGGUGCAAUGUUAUCAAAAACUGAAGUUCGACAAACUAAAAUAAUCGCUAGCUUGCGAAUUCAUAUUGAAAGGGUAAUUAGGCGAGUAAGAGAAUUCCAUAUGCUAAAGCAACAUUCAGUGAUAAAUACUAACAUAUGUCGUGUACUUGAUCAUGUCAUUAUUAUUGCAUGUGCUCUAAUAAAUUUGCAGGAUUCUCUUAUUAAAUAAUGUGAAACCAUAAAUAAUAAAACAAGAAAUACAUCAUGAUUUUUAUCGGCUGAUAUUGAAGCUAUAUUUGUUUUGCAAAAGAGAGCCAUACGGGCGAUUUAUAACCUAAAUUGUAAAGAGUCCCUCAGAG